AUGAUUUUAGGGUCGAUAAGCGGUGUGCCGCCCGCUCCACAAAGACAGCCGCCAUUUAUCGGUACACGCAUCGAGGUGUAUGUGAUCUUCCCCUCAGUGCAAGUGAUCUCUGAAAUGGCCUCCUUGGAGGAGUACCCGACUCUGAUGGCACAGCUUAUGAACAGAGACAAGGCGUCUAUCGUCAUCGAGUCCAUGCUACUCGUCAUUCUUAUUCUGCUGGCACUACUUGGAAACUCUCUGGUGUGCUAUGUCUUGGCCAGGAACACUCGCCUGAAGACCACGCCCAACAUGCUGGUGGCCAACUUGGCGGUGUCCGAUAUUCUGAUGGCCGGAAUUUGCAUGCCGCUCUCACUAGGGGUCUCCCUCACGGGAACGUGGCAUUAUGGAGCCGUCGUGUGUGAUGCCCAGGGUUUUCUCAUAUUCUCCUUUGGAAUAGUGUCUGUGUGGACCAUGUGUCUGAUCGCCGUCAACCGCUACAUAGCCAUCAGCCAUCCCUUUCUCUACACCAAGACCUUCACGGCAUCGCGCAUGCGCAUUACCAUCAUCUUCCUAUGGCUCCUACCAUGGCUCGCCACGAUCCCACCCUUUGUGGGGUGGGGACAUUACGCGUUCCAGCCGGGCAAAGUCCUUUGCAUGUACCCGUUCAAUGUUGACCUCACAUAUACGUUUCUUGUUCAGUGUCUCUUCAUCGCUAUCCCCAUGAACCUGAUCUUGUAUAGCUAUAGCAAAUGUUACUUUGCGAUGAGGGCGAACAACCGAAGAGUGGCGGGCAUGAUGACAAGUGGGGACCAGGCCGACGCGAGGAGGAAAGCACAGGAAGCCCGUGCCACGCGUACUAUGAUGGUUGCGACCGCUGGUUUUAUUAUGUGCUGGCUCCCUGUCUCGAUCAUCGAUUUUGUCGACGCUUUUACAGGUUCUUUGCCAACAAGCAAGGAGGACGGCGACGGCCAAGACAACGAGAUCGAAAAAGAUGUGUUUGCGCUUGGAGGGAGUCUCCCGCGUCAGGUAUACAUGUUAAAUGCGUAUCUUAUCUACAUCUCGAGUACCAUCAACCCAUUCGUGUAUUGGUUAAUUAACGCGGAUUUCAGGCGAGCUUUCAACCAAGUAUUACCAUGUCUCAAGUUCAUACGGCGAGACACCAGCGAAGUCUCUCCUUCAGUUGUUGGACCUGAGGGAGGCUCAGGAACCAACACGAACAUAACUAUCACUAAAUUGAACGGUACGAAAGCCGACGGCGGCGAGAGUAUAUCGAUCGCACAACAAGCACGGAACAACCCCGAGGAAGCCUCGGAAAAAAACACGAAUAUCAGCGGUAAUUCAAGCAGGAUAUAA